AUGUUAAAUGACGGUGAGGAAGUUAUUGAUCGCCUAGAAGGCUGUGUGAGUACAGUUGGUGGGCUGGAAAUUCGCAAAAAACCAAACGACGAUGAUAAAUUGUUCAAGCAUCCGGGCCGUUCACUUUUGGGACUCGAUCGUUUAGCUCAUUUGAAAAGAGAAAGUUACGUGCGGAAGAGAGCUUUGGAAGAAGAGUCUCCUGGUGGACUUUCAGAAAGUACUCGAAGGAAUAUCGCAAGUUACGUUGUGGAAAAAUAUAAAGUUGAUCGCCGCGGAUUGCAUGCGGAUUCGAGGAAAAGUGAAAAAAGAAAGAGAGAGCACUCGGGACCUGAGAAAGAUGACAGAAAACAUAGGAGGGAACACUCUCGGAAACACGGCUUGAGCAGCCACGGGAAUAACGGUAAAGGCAGGGAUAGGCAGGAGAAAUACGAACGCAUGAAAACUCCUUCAUUCAAGGCACUGUUUAGAAUGGACUUUUUCUAUCUGAUCUUUGUUCCAAAUACCCCUUCGCGAUCUUCAUGGGAUGAUGAGGACGGACGGAGGUCUACACGUAAGCAAAAGUCUAGUUGGGACUUGCCUACUCCCGGGUCAUCCAGAAGUGACGUUGGGACAGAGCGAAAUUUGUCAAGUGUUUGGAGAAGUGAGCGAGAUCGUGAACGGAGGAACCGAGAGCAGAGGCGGCACAAUCGCCGGGAUGAUACGGUACGUUCAGUAAAGGAAGAAGGGGAUUUAAUACCUGAGUUUAAAAAUGACUGGGAAAGAAUGGACUGGGAAAAAGAUCUUCAGAAAUUAGAUCGAGAAUGGUACGAUAAUGAUCAGGGUUAUGAUGAAGAAAAUAAUCCAUUUGCUCAGGUUUCGCAAGAAUAUAUUGAGAAGAAGGAAAAACAGUGGUUGCAAAAACGCGAAAAACCGCGUUUAACAGUUCGUCAACAACAAAUAAAGAAGGAAAAUGAGCUUUGGGAAAACAAUCGUCUUGCAAGAUCAGGAGCGGUAUUUAUUGCGGAUGAUCAGGAUGAAUUUUUUGAUGACGAAACAGAUGAAAAUCGAGUUACUUUGAUUGUCGAAAAUGUAGUGCCGCCGUUCUUGGAUGGCAGAUUUGUCUUUACAAAACAAAGCAAACCCAUAGUCCCUGUCAAGGAUCCAACUUCGGAUCUUGCUGUUACUGCAGCUCAGGGCAGCAAGGUAGUUGUCCGGCUUUGGCGGGAGUCGGAAGAAAGAAAGAAAGCGCAAGAGAAACACUGGGAACUAGCUGGAUCUAGCCUCGGAAAUAUAAUGGGGAUUAAAGCAAAGCCUGAGGAAGUCGAUGUUGGAGCGGACGAUCAUGGAGCUAAUUACAGGGAAUCACAGCAGUUCGCUUCGCAUAUGAAUGAGACAGAGGCUGUCUCCGAGUUUGCUUUAGAAAAAACUAUAAAAGAGCAACGGGAGUACUUGCCUGUUUUUGCUGUUAGGCAGGCUUUGCUAAAUGUUAUCCGUGACAAUAACGUUGUGAUAGUAGUUGGAGAAACCGGUAGUGGGAAGACAACUCAGCUCACGCAAUAUCUUUAUGAAGAAGGAUAUAGCAAGUUUGGUUUAAUAGGUUGUACUCAACCAAGGAGAGUAGCUGCGAUGUCGGUGGCAAAACGAGUUUCAGACGAAAUGGGGAUUGAAUUAGGCCAGGAAUGUGGUUACGCUAUCCGGUUUGAAGAUUGUACUUCUGAGAAUACUCGUAUCAAAUACAUGACAGAUGGUAUAUUGUUAAGAGAAUGUCUGGGUGAUAGCGAUUUGGAUCAGUAUUCUGCUAUAAUUAUGGAUGAAGCUCACGAGCGAUCGUUAAAUACUGAUGUAUUAUUUGGCCUCUUACGUGAUGUUGUUGCAAGACGUUCAGAUCUUAAACUCAUUGUUACCUCAGCCACUAUGGACGCCGAAAAAUUUGCUAACUUUUUUGGUGGUCAUACUCCUUGUUUCAAUAUCCCUGGAAGAACCUUCCCUGUUGAUGUUUUCCACUCUCGAAUUCCAAUGGAAGAUUACGUGGAUGCUGCAGUAAAGCAAGCAGUUAAAGUUCAUCUUGGCGGCAAUGAGGGUGAUAUUUUGAUAUUUAUGCCUGGUCAGGAGGACAUUGAGGUUACUUGCGCAUUAAUAAAAAGCCAGUUGGAAGAAUUGGACGAGGCACCUCCACUAGCUGUACUUCCUAUUUAUUCACAGCUUCCAAGCGAUCUUCAAGCCAAAAUAUUCCAAAAGGCGCCUGGAGGGAUUCGUAAAUGUAUAGUGGCAACUAACAUCGCCGAAACAUCUCUGACUGUGGAUGGCAUUUUAUUUGUCAUAGAUCCUGGUUACUGCAAGUUGAAAGUUUUCAAUCCUCGAAUCGGUAUGGAUGCGCUUCAGGUAUUUCCUAUAUCUCAAGCAUCAGCUAAUCAAAGGAAAGGUAGAGCGGGACGAACCGGACCAGGCCAAUGUUUUCGUCUUUAUACGGAGAGGCAGUAUAAGGAAGAGAUGCUUUCUGCUACAGUUCCCGAAAUUCAACGUACAAAUUUGGCUAAUGUGGUAUUAUUGUUGAAAUCGUUGGGUGUUGACGACCUGCUCAAGUUUCAUUUUAUGGAUGCUCCUCCUCAGGACAACAUGUUAAAUAGCAUGUAUCAACUUUGGACGCUAGGCGCGCUAGAUAACACAGGCAGGCUUACAGAUCUAGGAAGGAAAAUGGUCGAGUUUCCGCUUGAUCCAACUUUGUCUAAGAUGUUAAUUGUUUCUGAGGGAAUGCGUUGCAGUGACGAAAUUUUAACUGUAGUUUCCAUGCUUUCGGUACCGGCUAUUUUCUUCAGGCCUAAAGGCAGAGAAGAAGAUGCAGAUGCUAAGAAGGAAAAAUUCCAAGUUCCCGAAAGUGACCACUUGUCAUUUUUGAACGUUUAUCUGCAGUGGCGUCUUCACAAAUAUUCCACUAAGUGGUGCAAUGAUAAUUUUAUUCACGCAAAGGCUAUGAGGAAAGUUAGAGAGGUUCGAGCCCAGCUGAAAGACAUUAUGGAGGAGCAAAAAGUUGAAAUAAUUUCUUGUGGCACAGACUGGGAUGUGAUAAGGAAGUGCAUUUGUUCUGCUUAUUUCCAGAAUGCGGCUAGGUUGAAAGGGAUUGGCGAAUACGUGAACGUUCGCACCGGUAUCCCGUGUUUUCUGCAUCCUACUUCUGCUCUAUUUGGGAUGGGCUUUAUGCCCGACUAUGUUGUUUAUCACGAGUUGAUAAUGACAGCGAAAGAAUACAUGCAGUGCGUGACAUCUGUUGAUGCUGUUUGGCUUGCAGAACUGGGGCCGAUGUUCUACUCUGUAAAGGAAGCUGGGUCCACUAGUUUAGAGAAAAGGCAACAGAGUAUGAGGGAUGCUAGAAAUAUGGAAGAAGAAAUGAAGAAGGCAAGCUUGGAAUUAUCUGAAAGACGUUUGGCUGAAGAAAAGAAGUGUAUCAGGUCCUCCCGCAUAGUUGAGCCUGGACGGCCUCCUGGUUCAGUAAGGUCUUCUGCCCGUUAUGGCAUGUAA